AUGCUCCUGAUGUCUGAGGAUCCUCUGGAUGAGUUCGACCUCAGGAACUACAAGACCUCCGACGAGGGCCGCCAGGAGACUACUCCCGGUUGUGCGGUACUGCUUGGAGGUUGUAAACUCACAGAGAAGCCCUGUGAGACCAUAGUGUCGGCUCUGCAUUGCUCAAACUCUCACCUGAGAGAGCUGGACUUCAGUUUCAACGACAUACACGACUCGGGUAUGAGACUGAUCUCCAUCGGACUGACGAGUCCCUUCUGCAAACUACAGACACUCAGACUUAACCGCUGCAAACUGACUGAGAAGUGCUGGGGCAAUCUCAUCUCAGCUUUUCAGUCAGAGACGUCUCACCUUAGUGAACUGGAUCUUACUGACAACGAUCUGCAAGACUCUGGAAUAAGGCUUCUGAGUACUGCACUGAGAAGUCCCAACUGUAAAAUACAGAUAUUAAGAAUGAAGGGUUGUCAUGAGAUGGGCAGAACGUGUGAGGUGUUGGCCUCCGCUGUCAGCUGUAGCCUGCCUAACCUGAGAGAGCUCGACCUGAGUCACAAUGAGCUUGAUUAUGCUGGAGCGAGCAAGCUGUUGACAAGCAUGACGAGCCCUCAAUGCCAGCUGGAGACAUUGAGGCUGAAGAGGUGUUGUCUAACAUGCCAGCACUGUGAGCUCCUUGCCUCUGUCCUCAAGUCAGGCACUGCACACCUCAAAGAGCUGGACCUGAGUGACAACGACCUAGAUGACCCCAUGAUUGAGAGCCUCUCCUCUGGCCUCACAAGUCCCCACUGUGCAUUGAAAACCCUGAGACUAAAGCAAUGUGGUCUGACAGAGGACAGCUGUCCAGGUCUGGCGGCCAUUCUCAGCGCAGACCACUGCCCUCUGACCGAGCUGGACCUGAGCUGUAACGUCCUGCAGGACUCAGGAGUGGAAGUAAUCUCUGAAGGGUUAACGAGUCCGAACUGCAAGCUGGAGUCGCUCAGGUUAUCUUUCUGUUGCAUCUCGGAACCUGGCUGUGUCUCCAUGGCAGCGGCCUUGACCUCGCGCCCCGCCUGCCUGAAGGAGCUCGACCUGAGCUACAAUCACCCCGGAGACGCAGGGACACGGGCACUGAGGGCAAGAGUGCAGGACCCUAACUGCCACCUGACGCUCGUCAACUUUGACCAUGGGGGACUCUUCUGUCUGACAACAGAAUUAGGAAAAUACGCCUGCUCUCUCUCCUUCGACCCAGGCACCCUGCACCCAGAGCUCUCUCUGUCAGAGGACAAGAGUAGCGCCACCUGCAGAGGGGAGGUGCACACGUACCCCGACCGCCCCGAGAGGUUCACCCUGUGCCCUCAGGUGCUCUGCGCCGAACCCCUGUCGGGGCGCUGCUACUGGGAAGCGGAAUGGUCCGGAUGCAAAGCGCUUCUCGGAGCGGCGUACAAGUGCAUCGAGCGGAAAGGGUCGGCCGACGUGUCCGGGAUCGGAGCGAACGGCUCCUCCUGGGCGCUCGAGUGCUCCACAAUUUCCGGCUACAAGGCCUGGCACGGGGAGAGGAGGGUGGAGAUUCUGGUGCCGCGAGGGCAGCCGCGACGUGUCGGCGUGUUCCUGGACCGGCCGUCGGGGACGCUGUCCUUCUACAGCGUGUCAUCCGCCUCCGGACAGCUCACGCACCUGCACACGUUCCGGGAGGCCUUCACGGAGCCCCUGUACGCAGGCUUUUGGGUGGCACCUGAGUGCUCUGUGGCCCUCUGCAAGACAGGCUAAAAUUAAAUUACAAAAUAGAAUUAAUAAAUCUAUUAAUCUAUUCAUUUAAUUAAUGAAUGAAAUUGCAUUUAGCCUUUCCGGACACCGUCUGAAAAAAAGAGAAUUGGCUGGGUUGGUCAUAGGUUGAUACAGAGGUGGAAUAUAAAACAACGAGAUGUUAGAAAGAAAGAUCACUGAAGAAUUCUAGAGGGUUCUCUAUAAGAUUUAUUGUAACGCGUACAGCAACAAACAAAUCCCCUUUCUAUCCCACUGAACAGUCAGCCACAGUUCACCUAAGCCAGGCCUCAAUCUUCCCUUAUUCCAAGCCCUCGGCCUGGACAUGCUGUGACCUCAGUCCUACUCCAGAGAACAGUUUGAUGGAUGAGACAGUGAGCUUUUACAUUCAGUCUCCGAGUCGGCGCUCUUAUCUGAUGGUGCC